UCCGAUUCGUGACAUAACCACCAAAUAGUCACAACAAACAGUCUUGUUGAAUGGAAAUUUAGAUUAAUUAACAAUAAAAAGCGACUAGACAUGUCGCACAAAUAUACCGACUUAAUUAAGCUUGGCACCCAGUAUGCCCGGCGAAUGAACUAUCUGUCAAAUCGCAUUUUUGGAGAAGUUGCCCGCAACACAAAUGAGAAGUCCAUGAAGGUUGUUCGCAUGUUCGCUGAGGAGCCCAUCCACAAGCGCGACUAUGUAGUCAACUGGUACCCCCGGCACGUGGAAACGCAUCUGCUGAUGAAGAACCUGCGCGACUACGGACUGUUCAGAGAUGAGCACCAGGAUUUCAAGGAGGAAAUGAAGCGGUUGCGCAAGCUGCGUGGCAAGGCGCCUCCUAAAAAGGGAGAGGGCAAACGAGCCUCCAAGAAAUAAUGUACAAAAUAUACUAAAUGUUAAUGUUUUAUUAA